AUGGUUGCUACUAAGGUUAAUUUGAGCUCUACGAAUGAGUUGAGAAACGUGGUCGACGACAGAUUGCCCGAGGUGAUGGGCCACAUUGGCUACGAACAGGACUUCAGCAUUGUGGACCGGAAGUUAGCCGUUGGUUAUGUAACGGGUAUCAUGGCUGCCGCGGUGUUCUUGCUUGACAAGAAGUUAGGGUUCAAGGCUUCGUACAACUAUGUGGUGUUGCUUUUGGCGCUAUACAGUGUUGGUAUGGCAUAUUUCUACUACUUCACGUCUACGGUCGAAAAGUCCAUCAAGUAUGUGGGCUACGACAAGAAAGAGGCCAAAGACAAGGUGACUAUCUCGACCGAGGUCAAGGACAAGUACGAACCAGUCUUGACCAUCGAGGUUAACUUGAAUGACAAGAGUGUCAAGCAAGACGUCCACUUCAACAAGUUCUUUAACGAAACCGGAUACUUGGAAGUCGUCCCUGUCAUUGACUACUUCAAGUUGCAGUUAUCCACCUUAGACAGCAAGGCUGACUAG